CUUCGUUUCAAUCUGUUCUUUUUUUGUACGCUUUUCUCCGAUUUGAUACAGUUUGACCUUUGCGGGAGUUCGAUUCUUCGUCCAGGUUAAGCUCUGGCUUGUGUGGAGCAGCCAUGGUGGAAGACUGCAAACUCGUUAGAUUGAAGCGGCAGUUGUUCGGAGUUCUGGUGGUGGUUUUGUGGUGCGAAGGUUUGGUGUGUUGGUCGCUGAAUGAUGAAGGUUUGGCGUUGUUGAGGUUGAAAGAGGGAAUUGUGAACGAUCCACUUGGUGCUUUGUCGAAUUGGAAAGAUAACGAUGGAGUGAUUGAUCCGUGUUCGUGGUUCGGAGUGGAGUGCUCUGAUGGAAGAGUUGUGGUUCUGAACUUGAAAGAUCUUUGUCUUGAGGGAACAUUAGCUUCUGAGCUUCGAAACCUAAUUCACGUAAAGUCCAUUGUUUUGCGCAACAAUUCAUUUUCUGGGAUCAUUCCUGAAGGUGUUGGGGCACUGAAGGAGUUGGAGGUGUUGGACUUGGGAUAUAAUAACUUCACUGGACCACUUCCUGUCGAUCUUGGCAGCAACCUUUCACUGAUCAUUUUUUUGCUUGACAACAAUAAGCUUCUUAGUAGCUUCUCUCCUGAAAUUAAUGAAAUUCAGAAGCUUUCUGAAACUCAAGUGGAUGAAAACCAGCUAUCUAAUGCUGCCAAGUCGUCCAGCAAUAAAAGAUUCAUUACAAGAAAUUCUGCCCAAAUUGAAGAUACAGUCCAGAGGAGAUGGCUCCAAGCAACCCCUCUACGGGAUCGAUCUUUUACUCCUCCUGCUCCUCCUCCUCCUCCUCCUUCUCCUUCCCCUUCACCAGAUGAUUCUUUGCCACAACCUUCCCCUUCAGAAAAUAAUUCAGUACCAGCUAAACAUUCUAGUUCAAGUCAUAAAAUUGCAAUCCUGGCUGGAGUCACUGGGGCUGCUGCACUCACUUUAAUGAUUGGAACAUAUGUAUGGAAAUGCAGUAAAGUAUCUGCUGUCAAACCUUGGGCUACAGGGCUAAGUGGGCAGCUUCAGAAAGCAUUCAUAACUGGUGUCCCAAAGCUUAAGAGAUCAGAGCUUGAAGCAGCUUGUGAAGAUUUCAGUAAUGUAAUUAGCUCUUCACCAGUUGGUAUUGUAUAUAAAGGGACAUUGUCUAAUGGGGUUGAAAUAGCUGUGGCAUCUGUUGCGGUGUCAUCUGCCAGGGACUGGUGGUCAAUAAACUUAGAAACACAGUUCAGGAAGAAGAUUGAUACAUUAUCAAAAGUGAACCACAAAAAUUUUGUGAACCUUAUAGGGUAUUGUGAGGAAGAUGAUCCUUUCACAAGGAUGUUGGUUUUUGAAUAUGCUCCAAAUGGAACUCUCUUUGAGCAUCUACACAUAAAAGAAUCAGAGCACUUGGAUUGGGGAAUGCGGCUGAGAAUUGCAAUGGGCAUGGCUUACUGCCUUGAGCAUAUGCACCAGUUGAACCCACCCGUAGCCCACAACAACCUGUCCUCCUCAGCUGUCAAUCUAACUGAGGACUAUGCAGCCAAAAUCUCAGAUUUGAGCUUCUUGAAUGAGAUAGGUGGCAAGAAGCUUUCAGAUACACAACCAGCAAGCCCGGAAAGUAACAUUUACAGCUUUGGUGUACUAUUAUUUGAAAUGGUAACAGGUAGGAUGCCUUUCUCUGUGGAUGAUGGUUCACUUGGAGACUGGGCAUCAGACUAUCUGAGAGGAACACAGCCCCUUGUAGAAAUGGUGGACCCAACUCUGAACUCUUUUGACGAGGAGCAGCUGGAGAAGAUUGGUGAGGUAAUGAAAUCUUGUGUCCACCCGGAACCUGCACAGAGACCAACAAUGAGAGAAGUCUCUGCAAGACUAAGAGAGUUUACUGCAAUAACACCUGAUGGAGCAACACCAAAACUAUCUCCUCUUUGGUGGGCAGAGCUCGAGAUUAUGUCUGCUGAUGCAAGUUAGGAUAUCAAGUCUUGGAUCACAAGGAAGUAAACUUGAAAGUUCUCUUAUUCUCUGUAAUUUGAGGGGCAGAAGUUUGCCAGUAGGGAAGUAGCCGUUCUGUUGUAUUUAUUGUUUGUACUUUGUAGUUGCCUUGUAAAAGUAGUUGUAUAUAUCUGAGAUGGAAGGAAAUCAGUUGUUCUUGUAUUGCUGUUUGAGUUUUGGCUGGGAAAAGCAUGAUUUGGCUAAAACUGUUGUAGCCAGAUUGGCUAAUUUUUCCUUUUAAUUUUUUUUUUUUUUUUUUGGGUACAUACCAAAAUUUAGAAAUUCAGUUUCAGGUUUGAAGAGAAGAAAAUACUCUUAAUAAAUUAGGGAUAUAUUA